UUGAACACAAGCACUAUCAUACUAGGACAGUUGACCUGAUAACUGAGGUGGCUACUAAGUGACUAAUGGCAAUCUCAGCAGGACAGAGUUGAGACAGUUAGAUGUCAUCAUACUACUCAGAAUGACACACAAUUUAAAACUUAUACAUUAUUUCUGGAAUUUUCUACUCAUGCCAUCCAUGAUGCCUACUUUAUCUUAUGUAGGUCAUUCACCUUACUUUAUCUCGUAACAUAGUCAUCUUAUCAUCUCACAUCAUCACAAGAAGAAGGCAAUCAGAAAUGAGUGAACAAUCAGGGAAAAACAAUUCCAUUCAAGAAGGACACACAGAUCAUAGUUCAUCUGAGAAAAACUGUCAAAUUGGACAGAAACAACUGCAACAAAUAGAGCGGCAGUUAAAAUGCUUGGCGUUUCAAAACCCUGGCCCACAGGUAGCUGACUUUAACCCUGAAACAAGACAGCAGAAAAAGAAAGCACGAAUGUCAAAGAUGAAUGAGUAUUUUUCUGCAAAAUACAAAGUUAGGAGGAAGUACGACAAGAGCGGCAGGCUACUCUGCAACGAGGCGGACCUGUGCGACUGCCUGGAGAAGAACUGCCUGGGCUGCUUCUACCCCUGCCCCAAGUGCAACUCCAACAAGUGUGGCCCUGAGUGCCGCUGCAGCCGGCGCUGGGUGUAUGACGCCAUCGUCACCGAAGCAGGCGACGUCAUCAGCUCGCUGCCGUUUAAUAUUCCUGACUAGGGCUGUUAUGCACGCACGGAUCUGUUCCUUCCUAUAUGCUUAAGUCGGCCUCUUCCUCUUGGGUGAAUUUUAGGGCUUGGGAAAAUGUUGGGAAAACAUACUCAGGACUCCUGUUCUCUCAAGCUGCGGAGCAAUCUCGAGUGGGCAUUAAUUCCAUACCUUCUUACCGUGUUUUGUCAACUUCCUUAACGUGUGACUGUAGGGUGUGACAAUAGACGGGUGGGUGUCUCUCACCAGCACCCCGUGUCUACUGGGCCUUCAAAUUAAACAUCUCUUCCCAGUUUGCUGAUUCUUGAGAGAAUGUGGCUGUAAGAUGUUCAGAACUCCGUAGCCAAGAGCUUUGCUUACGUAGAACGUGGAAUCAUACGUUUGUAAUAUCUAGCUAUCCUUAGAAUCUUAUACUUCGUGAGUUCUAAAUCAGAGUUGCCACUUGGAUUAAAAAUAAAAGUCCUUGUGACUUUGUACUGUA